AUGAUCAUGGACGGCAAGGCACCUUCGUCCAACGCCUCUCGUAUUGGCACCUCCACGUCGCAGACCCACGAUCUUGCUUCAACACGUACACAAAGCUUUGUCCAAGAGCCCCCUCAGAAUGGCAACACCCUUGCAACACUGCCGUACCAAACCACCAACGUGGAUGCCAGACGCCGAGAGAUGAAGGUGAAGAUGAUGGAUUAUAUAGCCGGCUUCGACGACGACUUCCAUCGAUAG